CCAGAGGGGUAGCAGUACAAAAUGGAGGCCGUAUCGUGAAUGCCGAAUUUAACUUUCUAAGGAUCUCUCAUUCUCUCUUCCUCCAUGGCUGUUCUACGGAGAUCCCAAACGACUUCAUCCUCACUGCUAGUACAAUUGUGUUUUCUAUCUCUUUUCUGUUCUUCUUCACUCGCAAUUACAACUGGGAAUGGAGGUGGUUAUACUAUUAAUGGUCAAGUGAAAAUUCCUGGUUUCGGUGCGAAAGGCUUUGGUCUGCCAGUAAAGACUAACAAUGCCAAAGUCACAUUAAAUGGUGGUCAGCGAGUUACCUUUCUAAAGCCUGAUGGUUACUUUUCAUUCCAUAAUGUGCCUGCUGGAACCCACCUUAUUGAAGUUGAUGCCAUCGGUUAUUUCUUUUCACCGGUACGCGUAGAUGUUAGUGCAAGAAACCCUGGUAAGGUUCAGGCAGCACUGACAGAAAACAGAAGAGGUCUAAAUGAGCUGGUUUUGGAGCCUUUGAGAGAAGAACAAUAUUAUGAGAUAAGGGAACCUUUCAACAUAAUGUCUAUUGUGAAAAGUCCAAUGGGUCUCAUGAUUGGAUUUAUGGUGGUGGUGGUGUUCUUGAUGCCCAAACUAGUCGAGAACAUGGACCCAGAAGAAAUUAGAAAAGCCCAAGAAGAGAUGAGGAACCAAGGAGUUCCUUCUAUUGCAAAUUUGAUGCCUGGAGGUGGAAGGAGCAAUUAGAGUGUUCAUCUGCCUGCUGUUAAGACUUCAAUUUCAGGGUUUGAUUUUUACAUCCGAUCUUUAUAUUGUGGUCUUGUUUACGAUAUUGAAACGGGACCCACAAAAGAAAACGACAGUGUUAUUUUUUUAGUAGAAUCAUUUACGUUUUAACUUCUUCCGUCUAAGUUUAUCAUAGGGCCUUUUUUGUACUUUUCCUCGUAAUUGUACUCUUCAGUGAUCGUAUAAACCAUAAAGAAGGACAUCAUUUAUAUGCUUAGAUCA